AUGGACUCCCUCUACCGAGACCUCUUUUGGUACCUGGACCACAAUGAGGACGGGACCCUGGACAUCCUGGAGCUUGAGGAAACCCUGGGUGAUAUAGGGAUCGCUGCCCCCCCGGAGCCAGGGAAGAAAAUUUUUUCUACUGGUGAUAUCGACAAAGAUGGGAAGCUAAAUUUUGAAGAAUUUAUGAAGUACCUUAAAGACCAUGAGAAAAAAAUGAAAUUGGCAUUUAAGAGCUUGGACAGAAAUAAUGAUGGAAAAAUCGAGGCUUCUGAAAUUGUCCAUUCUCUCCAGGUACUAGGGUUAACUAUUUCUGAAAAACAAGCAGAGUUGAUUCUUAAAAGCAUUGAUAGUGAUGGAACGAUGACAGUGGACUGGGAUGAAUGGAGGGACUACUUCUUACUUAAUCCUGUUACAGAUAUCGAGGAAAUUGUCCGUUUCUGGAAACAUUCCACUGGUAUUGACAUAGGAGAUAGUUUAACUAUCCCGGAUGAAUUCACAGAAGAUGAAAAAAUGUCGGGACAGUGGUGGAGGCAGCUUCUGGCGGGAGGCAUUGCUGGCGCCGUCUCCCGUACAAGCACCGCGCCCUUGGACCGUCUCAAAGUCAUGAUGCAGGUCCAUGGUUCAAAAUCCGACAAAAUGGACAUAUAUGGUGGCCUUAGGCAGAUGGUGAAAGAAGGAGGGAUCCGCUCCCUUUGGAGAGGAAACGGCACAAAUGUUCUUAAAAUCGCCCCGGAGACGGCUCUCAAGUUCUCAGCGUAUGAGCAGUACAAGAAGAUGCUUACUUGGGAAGGACAAAAAUUAGGGACCUUUGAGAGAUUUGUUUCUGGUUCCAUGGCUGGAGCAACUGCACAGACGUUUAUUUAUCCUAUGGAGGUUCUGAAAACCAGGCUGGCCGUGGGCAGAACUGGGCAGUACUCCGGCCUGUUCGAUUGUGCCAAGAAGAUUUUGAAACACGAAGGCAUGGGAGCUUUCUUCAAAGGUUAUGUUCCCAAUAUACUAGGCAUCAUACCUUACGCAGGUAUAGACCUUGCUGUGUACGAGCUCUUGAAGUCCCAUUGGCUGGAUCAUUUUGCCAAAGACACAGUGAACCCCGGAGUGGCCGUGUUGCUGGGGUGUGGCGCCUUGUCCAGCACCUGCGGGCAGCUGGCCAGCUACCCGUUGUCUUUGGUGAGAACACGCAUGCAGGCUCAAGCCAUGAUAGAAGGAAGCCCCCAGCUGAACAUGGUCGGCCUCUUCCGACGAAUCAUUUCCAAAGAGGGGGUACCGGGACUUUACAGAGGCAUCACCCCAAACUUCAUGAAGGUGCUCCCGGCUGUAGGCAUCAGCUAUGUGGUUUAUGAAAAUAUGAAACAAACUUUAGGAGUCAUCCAGAAAUGACAUGUUGAACUUUUUUUUUUUUUGCUUUAGCACGAUUACACUGAAAUUCUCAAUAAUAUCUAGAGGGACUUUUUCUCCUAGAAUUGCAAGUCGAUGGCAAAAGAAGUAUUUUUUUCACAAAAGGGAAGAGCUUAUCAAUGAUCAUUUAAACAUUUGGGCUCAAUUUUCUAUAUACAGAAAUGUUUUAAAAAAUCAUAGUUUUGAUAAGCUCAUCCAAUUUUGAAAAAUGCCAGAAAAUUGAAUUUUAUCUCUUCUUCUUAGUCCGUUCUACAAAUCCCUGCCCUGAGUCCUCAAUCUGAAACAUGAACCUGCUUGAACUAAAUCUGUUUUGUGUGGUGGAAUCAUAAAUCAUCUUUAUUUUUGGAUGGUUCAAGUUUAUGCCAGCUUCUUUAUACUUGUCCUUUUCUUAAACACAAGAUGAUCAGAAAACCUCAACACUUAAGCUGUUUUAUAUAUUUUGAAUGUCUUUGUAGACUUCUUAACAUUUCCUUGUAGACCUGUUAAUAGAAAGUCAUUGGGUUUCUAGCCUUACCUUCCUUUAAGCUGAAUAAGAAUGAACAUAAGUGGCUGGAUUUCAAGGCAUGGGAAUACCCUCGUCUAUUGCUAUCAUUUUUGUAAAGGAGUGAUGAAAUCAUACUUAUUCUGCGGGCCUUUUUCUCUUUUCCUUGCACUGUGAUUUGGUUCCUGAGAGGACAUAUUGUCAGCAUAUUGCUGUUACGUUAUCAACACAAGGCAACUUAUUUGAAGGGUUCUGUUUAUAUUCUGUCUUGGCUUUGAAAAGUACCAGGAAACAAAACAUUUUUAUGGAGAUCAGCUUUUGAAGAGCGUCUCUCUCUUUUUCGUCCUUUGUUUCCUACUUGAAUCAGAUCUACCUGGGAAGGUCUCUGGGGACCAUUCUUGGUCAUCUGAAAUGUCUUCAUUACAUGAAGUGGGUUGAUCCCGGGUGAGUGACAUUCCCUGUCCUCCCUCCCUGUUGAAUUUCUUUGAACCUGCAAUUCUCCACGUGGGCAGCACAAACCUAAGGGAAUAGUACAUAAUAGUAGUAGCAAAUAUCUUCUAUAUUAGGUACUUAUAUUUAAACAAAAGGCCCAAUUUAUGAACAUACACAUUCAUAAUCUCUCUUGCCCCAAGUUUUAGAACAUGUUAUGAUAUAGAAAACUUAAUUUUUAAUAUUGAUAGCAUGUUUUUAUUAGAGCUAUUCUUUUUGUAGUUAACUAUCUUUUCUGACUUAUGUGAUUAGGAGUUAGAAUAACAUUAGUUGAAGUUAUUCUUACCAUUUUUUAAAAUUUAGUUUCUAAACUUGUUUGAUUUCUAGUAAUUGCUGUUAUAAAUUGCCAACAUUUUAGAGAAAAGCUAGUGACAUAAUAGACAUUUACUUUCUUUGAAUCUACCUCUUGUAUUUUAUGAACCAAAGAGAAAUGUUGGACUUGUCUUUGUGAAACAUUUCAAAAUAUAGUUUUCAUUAUAUGAGUUAUGACUGAUACAUGUCUCAGUAUUUUUAUAAUACAUAUAAAGCAUGGGACUCUAUCCUUUGGGUGGUUUGUUCUUUCGAGUAAUACAUAAAUUAUAAUAAGGUACAUGAUUAGCUCUUUUAUGCUCAUAAAAAAUUAUGGAAUGGACAACUGACAUUUCAAGCUACUGAAAAAUUAUCAUUGUUCAUUAUGAAUUUAAAUUGUGUGCUAUUUAACAUUUGUAAGGAGUGAAUGUGAUUUAUCUGUGCAUCUUGUAUCUUUUGAAACAGUGAUCUUGUAUCUUUUGAAAAGAGCCCGGAGUUGAAGAUAGAUUAUUUCUGGCAUUGGUGAAUAUUUACUUUCCAUUUAUAUUAAAAAAAAUAUGUAUUUGUUUUUAAAA